GUUUUUGUUUUGGGUUGAAGUUGAGGCUGAGGAGAGGGAGAAGCUAGCGACGAGCAGUCGGCCACCGCCGCUGCGGCCGCGGGAGGUGGUGGAGGCCCUGCCGUAGUCAAACGGCCUUUCCUUGCAGUCCCAGGUCCCUGCCGUGCCCUUCCUCCGCCUCCUACCCGUCCUCGGAACUCCUGGGCCUGUCCUGGGCCCCCUGUCUUUGCACCCCGCACGCCGCAGCACCGGCCCUGGCCGCACCCGCCGGCCCCAUGAGGAGGGACGUGAACGGAGUGACCAAAAGCAGGUUUGAGAUGUUCUCAAAUAGUGAUGAAGCUGUAAUCAAUAAAAAACUUCCCAAAGAACUCCUAUUACGAAUAUUCUCUUUUCUGGAUGUCGUUACCUUGUGUCGCUGCGCUCAGGUCUCCAGGGCCUGGAAUGUUCUUGCUCUCGAUGGCAGUAACUGGCAACGAAUUGACCUGUUUGAUUUCCAGCGGGAUAUUGAGGGUCGGGUAGUGGAGAAUAUUUCCAAAAGAUGUGGGGGCUUUUUACGAAAGUUGAGUCUUCGUGGAUGUCUUGGAGUUGGAGACAAUGCAUUAAGGACCUUUGCACAAAACUGUAGGAACAUUGAAGUGCUGAAUCUUAAUGGGUGUACAAAGACCACAGAUGCUACAUGUACUAGCCUUAGCAAGUUCUGUUCCAAGCUCAGACACCUUGACUUGGCUUCCUGUACAUCAAUAACAAAUAUGUCUCUAAAAGCUCUGAGCGAGGGAUGUCCACUGUUGGAGCAACUGAACAUUUCAUGGUGUGACCAAGUAACCAAGGAUGGCAUCCAAGCACUAGUGAGAGGCUGUGGGGGUCUCAAGGCCUUAUUCUUAAAAGGCUGCACACAGUUAGAAGAUGAAGCUCUCAAAUACAUAGGUGCACACUGUCCUGAACUGGUAACUUUGAACUUGCAGACUUGCUUACAAAUCACAGAUGAAGGUCUCAUUACUAUAUGCAGAGGGUGUCAUAAGUUACAGUCCCUCUGUGCCUCUGGCUGCUCCAACAUCACAGAUGCCAUCCUGAAUGCUCUAGGCCAAAACUGCCCACGACUUAGAAUAUUAGAAGUAGCAAGGUGUUCUCAAUUAACAGAUGUGGGCUUUACCACUCUGGCGAGGAAUUGCCAUGAACUUGAAAAGAUGGACCUGGAAGAGUGUGUUCAGAUAACAGAUAGCACGUUAAUCCAACUUUCUAUACACUGUCCUCGUCUUCAAGUAUUGAGUCUGUCUCACUGUGAGCUGAUCACAGACGAUGGGAUUCGUCACCUGGGAAAUGGGGCCUGUGCCCAUGACCAGCUGGAAGUGAUUGAGCUAGACAACUGCCCACUAAUCACAGAUGCAUCCCUGGAGCACUUGAAGAGUUGUCACAGCUUGGAGCGGAUAGAACUCUAUGACUGCCAGCAAAUCACAAGGGCUGGAAUCAAGAGACUCAGGACCCAUUUGCCCAAUAUUAAAGUCCACGCCUACUUCGCACCUGUCACUCCACCCCCGUCAGUAGGAGGCAGCAGACAGCGCUUCUGCAGAUGCUGCAUCAUCCUAUGACAAUGGAGGCUGUCAACCUUGGUGAACUGAGUAUUUAAUGACACUUCUAGAGUUACCGUGGAGUCUCUCCAGUGGACACGACCCCAGUGUUCUGGGAAAGGGUUACAAAAUGAGGGUAGUGUCCAGAUCCCCAGGACCAUACGUUCGUACACGUACCUGCCCUCACCCCAUCACUCUAGCUCUGUGACCAUGGGACUGAAGUCCAUGCUGGCUUAUUUAUCAAGUGGAUGGGUAAAAGGUAACCAUUCUUGUUGGACAUGCCCAGAAGAAAAUCACAGACCAAGAUAGAGGGAAGGGGCCAUUCCAGCAAACUCAGUGUUACUGCUAUUGCAGUUUCUUUAUUUUGUUGAGGGGUUUCUUUGGGAAUUUUUGAAACAACAGCUUCAGUCCUUUGGGGUGAACAAAAAUAUGGAAAACCAAGAUAUGAUCCAGGGACCAGAAAGAAAAUUUCUUUGCAUCCUAGAAAUGGCAGCCAUUCAUUGUAAAAUGACUACAGAGCUUCUGUGCUUCGUUGUUUCCAUGACAACAUGCUAAGCAUGCUUACAAAGAUGGCCCAUCCAUUCCUCCUGUGUUUCAGUAUUUGGCCCAGAGAUUUCCCAAAUGGUUACACUGAAAUCACUGUGGUCCAAAUGUGAUUACUUGUUCACUCAAAUUGUCACUCUCUAGCACACUUGUGCACCUGUCUUCCUUUCUGUUGCUCCCUCCUGUGGUCUUGCUCAGUCUGUCACCCAUUCACAGUCUGCUUACUCACAGUCAGUUGCUGUUGUGUUUACAGUUUGCAUUUUGAAUGAUUAGUUGGGGUUACCAGACAUUUUUAAAAGAGACAUAAUCAAUAAAUUUUUUUUUUAUUCUAAAUUUUA